AUGAUGGAGGCUCCAGCUACUGCUAUUGAGCAGUACUUUAAUCAGCUGAUCCACAUGCGGCUUCUCACGCAAGUUGUGGUCUCUGAUCGUCAUGGUAAUUCAAUAGUGGCGUGCACUGGCGAUUCACAAAUGCCUGAAGAUAGUGAAGUCGCAACGAAUGAAGAUGUGUACAAUAACGAUGAUGAUUUCAUUGUUAGUAAUGUUGUGAUCAGCGGUGCUCGCUGUUUUCAGAAUUUUGAGCAACUACAAUUAGGUUCCCCUGAAUACAUUAGUUUACAAUAUCAUGAUAACACCGUUGUGCAGAUACUAGAUGGAGAGUGUUGUAUGUUAACAUUAAUUGGGGCUCGCUCGCAGGGACAUUGUGUGGGUGGACUUCUCGUGCUGCUGCCGCAAAUACGUGCCACUGAGGCUUAUCAAGAAUUGCUGAAGAAGACAGAGGAGUGUUUUCAGUAA